AUGGGGGUGAAGCUGUUUGUUGGUGUUGUCGGGCUGUUGGCCUUAAUGGUUACAGUGGUGACGAACUUCCCUUGUGGCCAGAAUUACACAUCGAAAGCAAAGCUUACAGGGAGCCAAUUAAAAGCCAAUGUUUGUGGCACCGCACCGCUCAACACAAAGAUCGUAGGGGGUCAGAGUGCCCCCGCAGGGACGUGGCCCUGGCAGGCCAGUCUGCACUGGAAGGGCAGGAACAUCUGUGGAGGUUCCCUCAUCAACAACCAGUGGGUCCUGACGGCUGCUCACUGUGUCUCCGGCGCCAACACUUCUGAUUUGAUGAUUUACCUCGGACGUGAAACCCAAGAAGGUCCGAAUCCUAACGAGCAGUCCCGGUCAGUGUCCCGGGUCAUCAGUCAUCCACACUACGAUGACUUGACAAGUGAUAACGACAUCGCCUUGUUGAGACUGUCCUCAACGGUUGACUUCACCAGCUUCAUCAGACCCGUGUGUCUGGCGGCGGCCGGCAGCGUCUUCAAGGCCGGGACGACCUGCUGGGUCACCGGCUGGGGAGCCAUCAGUAUCAUUAAGCCUCUUCCUGCUAACGAGCCGCUGCAGGAGGUCGAUGUUCCCGUCGUGUCCAACAGUCAGUGCAGGAAGGCCUAUGAAAGACACAACGUCAAGAUCACAAGCAACAUGAUCUGUGCCGGUCUACCUGAGGGAGGGAAGGACUCCUGCAAGGGCGACUCAGGCGGCCCCAUGGUGAGUAAAGACGGAUCCAGGUGGGUCCAGGCCGGAGUGGUGAGUUUUGGAAUCGGCUGUGCUGAACCCAGUUUCCCAGGAGUCUACGCCCGUGUGUCAGAGUAUCAGACCUGGAUCAACAGCCAGAUCUCCACCAACCAGCCGGGCUUCGUCACCUUCAACAGCUCCUCCUCCUCCUCCUCCUCCUCCUCCUCCUCCGCCUCCAGCCGCAGCUCCGCCACCAGAGCCGCCCACUUCAUCUCCCUCUCAGUUCCUCUGCUGCUGCUCUCCUCUCUCUUUGUUCUCUCAUUUUCAGUGUAUUAAAUUUCACCUUCUACAUUGUUAAAAUGUUUGAUUAUUCAUAUGAGAAAAUAAUGAAUGAGCUUUUCCUUUCCAGAAAUCAUGAAUCCUGAAUUUUCAAGCGUUUGUAUCCACACGUGAAAGAUUUCCCUCAAAUAUAAAAUGAUCUGUUGCACCAACAGUUAGUCAGGUCCAACGCUCCA